UGUGCAAUUUAGCAUGGAGCCGUCGACAAGUGUCUGGUUUUUCAGGCUGGAACUCGGAAGUUCACUUUCCUGUUUCUCUUCUCGCACUCAUUUGAGAAGGUAUUUAUAGAAAGAACACUAAAGAGAGAGCUCUCAGAAGCCCUAGUUUAACAUCUCUUUCUUUCCAAUAAGAUCCAAGGAAAGAAGGACUAGUCACCUGAAUAAGGAUUUGAAAUAUGUCGGCACUCUUCAAUUUCCAUUCGUUUCUGACAGUGGUGUUGUUAGUAAUAUGCACAUGCACUUACGUGAAGAUGCAGUUCCCAACCAUCCUCGAGCAGAAAACUGGGUUUCGAGGUUUCUUCUGGAAAGCAGCAAGAAUAGGUGAACGUUUGAGCCCUUGGGUAGCUGUGGGCUGCUUUACGAUGGGUAUCUCAAUAAUAUUUUCCUGAGCAUUGAGGUUAUUAAUCUCUAUUCUUGACUAGCUUCAUCAAUCCCGCGGGAGCAGCAGAUGCCACACCCUUUGAUGUUAUCCGAUUGUUUUGAUAAAUAAGCUAAUGAUAAGUCCUAUUUACAAAUGCUCUUGGCAGUGUCUGUUGAGUGAUAUUGUGUGCUUUUGCAAAUUAAAAAGGAAAAAAAAAAAAAGAAAAGCGAUGGGAAAUUUGCUUGUUGGUGGUGACUCUAUUUCCACAAAGAUGUUGGUCGUUGAUUUUUCA